AUGGCUGGAGUCAGCGUGACAGUGAGCGGUCCACAACGUACGUACUGUAAAGUCAACGCCAGUGAAGUGGGAAGGAGUAUUAGUUUUAUUUAUAACGUUGCAUACACCAACGACGGAGUGCUAGUGUGGAGAGCGUAUGGAGUUGGUUCCGGUAAAUUUUCACCCUAGGGUAGUUCAGCUUAGUCUCUGUCAACAAAGCAGUAAUCCUCGUCCUCAGUUAAACAAGAAUACCGAUAAUGCGAUUUCUAACGUUUCUUUUCAAACCGUCAAAGCUAGACCAAGCGCAAAAAAAAACCCACAGAAGUAGCAGAGGCUUCAGCAAGAGAGAGACAGUGACGAUGAAACCUGUGAAAAAGGAUGUGCAUCAAGUCCUUCCAGCAUUUCUCUUCCUUAGAAAAACAUCUGGACUGUGA